AUGUCUGGCAUGAUGGAUGCGGUCUGUGAACAGUUGGAUGACACAGUGCUGCAGAUGUUUCAAGUUCUGGAGGACAUCUACGACCAGCAGGACAAGCUGGAACAGGCCAUGAAAGAUGGAUUUCUUGCUAUGUCACGAGCCAGAUACUUGCUGGGAGUCAAGUGGGUUUCCGUAGACCAAAUUCUGGAUGCCGAUUUUAGCUCUAAAUAUAGAACAUUGACUGACACUUCUCUAGCAGAUGAGGUCUCGACCUUGGAAGCGGUGGAGAGUUCAUUGAAAACAAGUGAAAUUGACAAGUUAUCCUUGUUUGAGUUAUCGCAAGACACAACUGAUGUUCGUAGUGAUCAGAAAGUUGAGCAGGCAGAAAUUAAGAAAACAGAUGCAGAUAAACAAACGAGUUUAAGAAAAAGACACACUGACAACAGUGGGCCAGAUAAAAACAAAACAAAGGAAGAUAUUGAUGAGACUAACGAAUCAAAGAAGAACACAACUAUUAGCAAAAACAGCAAGAAACAUGAUGAUGAUGAUGAAGAGAAUCCACCCAAGAAAGAAAGCAGUUCUAAUAGUCUUUCUUUAUUUGGGAUAUUGACUCCUCAGCCAUUGCGAACGAGUCAGAAACAUUUUGAAGGUGGAGUGAGCAUCGCUGUCAGUUUAGCAGAUUUAAAGUUAAAGUUAAGUUUACUUCAGUGCAGAUACAAGCGACUCAGCGAGCAGAAACUGUCUCUUUUGUCCGAUGAACAGUAG